AAGCCAUGGUGUCCUGCUUUUCACAUUCUACAUGCUGCCGUUUCUACCUUUAAAGCGAUCAAAGCUGCCCCUGCCUGCGCUGAACAAAGAUAAUUACUCAGGAAACAUUUUGUCCAAUCAGACGCGGCCUUGCAUCGUGCCUGUGAGGAAAGGAACCAGUCAGGAUCCGGCUAACAUCACUCGGGCCUGAUCGCCUUGCCCGAAGAGCGGAGCCUUCCCCGGCUGAGGGCUGAGAGUAUCCUCCAUGUUUUAUAAGUGUUGACAUAACAGUGUAUCAGGCAGCCAUGCAUCCACAGAGUCUGGCUGAGGAGGAGAUAAAGACAGAGUCUGAAGUGGUAGAGGGGAUGGAUGUGUCCAUUCGUUCCAAAGUACCUGACCCUCCGGGUUCGGCAGAGCGGGUAUUGGUACCACAGAAAAGAAGGAUGCCUAGUCCCACCCAUUCUUCCAACGGACACUCUCCCACAGACACCUCUCCCAGCCCGCUUAAGAAGAAGAAGAAACCUGGGGCUGUCAACUGCAACAACAAAGACCAGUCAGAGCUAAGACAUGGUCCCUUUUACUAUGUGAAGCAGCCAGCACUCACCACAGACCCUGUUGAUGUUGUACCGCAGGAUGGCAGGAAUGACUUCUACUGCUGGCUGUGCCACCGCGAGGGCCAGGUGCUCUGCUGUGAGCUCUGCCCAAGGGUGUACCAUGCCAAGUGCCUCAAACUGCCAGCCGAGCCCGAGGGCGACUGGUUCUGUCCAGAGUGUGAGAAAAUUACUGUAGCAGAGUGCAUAGAAACCCAGAGCAAGGCCAUGACAAUGUUAACAAUAGACCAGCUCUCCUACCUGCUGAAGUUUGCCCUCCAGAAGAUGAAACAGCCUGGGACAGAGCCUUUUCAGAAGCCUGUUUCUUUGGAACAGCAUCCUGAUUAUGCUGAGUAUAUCUUCCACCCCAUGGACCUGUGCACUCUAGAAAAGAAUAUCAAAAAGAAAAUGUAUGGCUGCACUGAAGCCUUUCUUGCUGAUAUGAAAUGGAUCUUGCACAACUGUAUCAUUUAUAAUGGAGGUAAUCACAAACUAACAGCAACAGCAAAAGUCAUUGUCAAGAUUUGUGAGCAUGAGAUGAAUGAGAUUGAGGUAUGUCCAGAGUGCUACCUGUCUUCAUGCCAAAAAAGGGACAACUGGUUUUGUGAGCCAUGCAGUCAACCCCACCCACUGGUCUGGGCUAAACUAAAGGGCUUUCCCUUCUGGCCAGCCAAAGCUCUACGGGAGAAAGAUGGACAGGUAGAUGCGCGCUUCUUUGGACAACAUGACAGGGCCUGGGUUCCCAUUAAUAACUGCUACCUCAUGUCCAAAGAAAUCCCCUUCUCUGUGAAGAAGACCAAGAGCAUUUUCAACAGUGCCAUGCAAGAGAUGGAGGUCUAUGUGGAGAACAUUCGCAAGAAAUUUGGGAUCUUCAACUAUGCACCUUUCCGUACCCCCUACACACCCAACAACCAGCUGCAGAUGCUACUGGACCCAUCCAACCCCAGUGCUGGGACAGUGAAAACGGAGAAACCUGAAAAACUUCGCUUUAACUUUGAUAUUACUGCAUCACCCAAGAUGCUGCUUAGCAAGAAUUCCGUGCCAAGUGGAAUGAGUCGGAGGAUCUCUAUGACGGACAUGCCUCGGUCUCCCAUGAGUACCAACUCCUCUGUUCACACAGGGUCAGAUGUGGAGCAGGAUGGGUUGGAAAAGCCCCCCAGGAAUCCACCCUUUCACUACAGCACUGGAGAGGAGUCUAUGGAGUAUAGUGCAUCUCCUGCUUCUAUGAAGAUGGGUCCUGCAGGCAGCAUGACAGGCAGCCCCAAGCCCUUUAACCCCGGACUGCUGCCUAAGCAGGAGAGGGCAGCUGGGACAGGAAGCAUCCUUAAUCUCAAUUUGGAUCGGGUGAAGGCUGAGAUGGAUCUGAAGGAGUUGAGUGAGACAGUGCAACAGCAACAGCAACAACAGCAACAAGGAACACCUGUCCCCCCUACCCCAAAGAGAACUAUCAGGAGUCUGGACAAGACUAUCGAAAGCUGCAAGGCCCAACUUGGAAUAGAUGAGAUUUCUGAGGAUGUGUACAGGGGUGUUGAACACAGUGACUCUGAAGAUUCUGAGAAAUCUGACUCAAGUGACAGUGAUGAUCUGAGUGAUGAAGAGCACAGGCCAAAGAGCUCUACCCAUGAUGACAAGGACAAAGCUGAGAGGAAGAGGCCCAAAGCAACCCUGCAAGGAGAGAAUAAGGAAGGAGUUACAGAGACAGGGGAUAAAGCAACCCCUGAACCCCUGCUCAAAGAAAAGCAGGGCAGCAAUGGCCCGGAUAGAGAACUUCAGGACAAGCCCAAGACACCGCCCUCUCAGGCCCCUACAGACAAGCCCAAAGCCCAAGAGGAAGGGAGAGCAACUGCCCCUUCAGCCUUUGCUGAACAAGACUCUGAUUCUGAAAGAGAGCUGGUGAUUGACCUGGGGGAUGAGCAUGGAAGCCGCGAUCGUAAAAGACCCAGAAGAGAGCCAGGAGCUACUGCUGGCAAAACUUUCAAAGAGUCUACUUCUACCAAGCUGGAAGCAGCCUCGCCAGCACGGGAAGCCACCUCCACUUCCAACAAAGACCCCUUGACACCCCCCGUGCCAGCUGCUCUCAACUUGAUUUCCGGUUCGACUGCUGGACAGACUAGUACAGCUCAAACUAGCAGUGUUUCUGCCCCUUCCUCCGUCUCCAGUUGCACCUCUACGGCAGCCUCAGCACCAACAGCUGUGAAGAAACAGCGCCCUCUACUGCCUAAGGAGACAGCUCAGGCAGUGCAACAGGCAGUAGUUUGGAAUCCAACCAACAAGUUUCAGGCGUCCUCUCAGAAGUGGCAAAUGCAGAAGGUUCAGAGGCCGCAACAUGGAGACCAGCCAGCUGUACAGACCCAGGCCCAGGCACAGGUGCAAGUGCAGACACGCAGCCCUCAGCAAGUGCAAUCCCAACAGCAAAAUUCCUCCUCAAGUACACGCUACCAGACCAGACAAGCAGCCAAAGCAGUACAGCACAAAGAUUCACCGCAGAGUACAUCCUCACCAGUUACAUCAAUCAGCUCUGGCAGUUCCUCUUCUUUCAUGACAGGAGAUCUGCAGAUCCCCACAGUAUCAGCUGAUGUGGCUGCAGAUAUUGCCAAGUAUACAAACAAAAUAAUGGACACGAUAAAAGGGACAAUGACAGAAAUCUACAAUGACCUUUCCAAAAGCACAUCUGGAAAUACCAUUGCAGAGAUUCGACGGUUACGGAUAGAGAUUGAGAAGCUCCAGUGGUUGCAUCAGCAAGAGUUAUCAGAGAUGAAACACAACCUGGAGCUGACAAUGGCAGAGAUGAGACAGAGUCUGGAACAGGAGAGGGAACGAUUGGUGGCCGAGGUGAAGAAACAGAUGGAGACAGAGAAGCAGCAGGCGGUAGAUGAAACUAAAAAGAAACAGUGGUGUGCCAAUUGCAGGAAAGAGGCCAUCUUCUACUGCUGCUGGAACACCAGUUACUGUGACUACCCCUGUCAGCAAGCCCAUUGGCCAGAACACAUGAAAUCCUGUACACAAUCAGCCACAGCCUCACAGCAAGAGCCAGAAACAGAGCCCAGUGCAGAACCUUCAGCGAAACAAUCAGGCCACUCUCCCGCCACACAGACCCACCCCUCUGGAACAGGAUCCAUACCAGACAAAAACUCCUCCCCAACAUUUGUGGAUAAGACCAAGGACAGUACUGGUGUCACUGUUACCUAACCACUACACUAACAAAAGUUUCCACCAUCUUGCAAGGCCAGCGCAUGGGCUUAUGACAUCAAAAUGUCAGGCAUGCCUUAAGCUUCAAGGCCUGCACCUCAGUGAAAAAACAUUUUGAUUUCCCAUCCCAUAUUUUCUGUACGUCUACCUGGUAGUUAGACAUUUGAAUAAUCUCUCAUGUUCAAUUUCCAUGAGCCUGUGGGUUCACUUUGUGAUUGUAGUCUGUCUUGAAAUAUAAAAUGUGAGUCAUUAUUUCCAUAAUUAUUCUGAAGCUGAAUUUUGUAGCUUGGUUACCAGCUUGUUUCUGAUGUGAGGGAAAUUGUAUCAAUUCAUCAAACAUUGCCAUGUAACAUCUUUGAUGCUGCUCUGAGGUCGUUCAUGGUUGUUUUAUUUUGUCAGUUGUUACCCCAAAACAGUUUUUAAACAGCCAACUCUUGAGUAUAUACAAUUUGUGCAGUGCCAUCAGACAUUUUGAAUAACAGUUCCAUUUCCAUGUCUUCAUCUAUGUCUCUGCAUUUUCUGGCUCAUAUAAAUGUUUUCUAUUGUAGUUCCACAGUGUAUACAUAAAUUUUAAUUAUCUGUGAUUUAUAAAACUAAAAGUUUAAACUGUACAAAGCUUUUUUGUAAGAAGAUACAUGAACAAUAUUUAUAGUGCUGUAUGUUUUUUAUAUUAUGUUUCAUAAAUCACAUUUCUAUGUGUCUGAAAACAAAUUUUGGGGGUAUAAAAAUUAACUGAAAAUGAUUACUUCACAUGAAUGUCAGCAGUGAACAAAGUCUUUAUUCAGCCGGUUAUUCAAAACUAUUGUUAAAGAAGUCAGACUAUAAAUGGGGGGUGAAUGAAAACUGAUGUUGACUGUAUAUUUCCUGUGAGCAUGUUUUAUUUUUUGUCAUAUUCUUGUUUACAUAUUGUACAUAGAGUAAAUGGAUUGGUGAAGAAAAAAUAAAACUGAUCCGGUCACGUUGC